ACUUCAUUCGCAGUGGCCAGGAGUUUCCAGACGGGUGUGCGUGUUGUUUUGCUUGCGUUCGCUCGCUGUUUUGAUCCGACAACAAAAAGUGCUUAAUUUCCUUCCAAAGUACAGCCAAGCGCAUUGUCCGUAAAGAUGGGUAACAAAUCAUCCCUUUUGCUGCGCGAGGAAGAGAUUGCCCAGAUUCACGAAGAGACUGGAUUUACUCCAAACCAAAUCGAACGGCUGUACUCCCGCUUCACGUCGCUCGAUCGUAACGACUGCGGUACGCUCUCCCGGGAAGACUUCCUGCGCAUCCCGGAGUUGGCGAUCAAUCCGCUGUGCGAACGUAUCGUGCACUCGUUCUUCGCCGACAGCAAUGACGAUCGGGUCAACUUCCGCCAGUUCACCCGGGUGCUUGCCCACUUCCGGCCGAUCAAGCCGAACAAGGAGAACCGGCUGAACAGCCGCGAGGAGAAGCUGCGCUUCGCGUUCAAGAUGUACGAUCUGGACGAUGACGAGACGAUCUCGCGCGACGAGCUGCUGAACAUACUGCAGAUGAUGGUGGGAGCGAACAUUAGCCAGGAUCAGCUGAACAGCAUCGCCGAACGUACGAUCGUGGAAGCGGACACGGUCGGGGUGGGCAAAAUUUCGUUCGAAGACUUUUGCCGCGCCCUGGAACGCACCGAGGUGGAGCAGAAGAUGUCGAUCCGCUUUCUGAACUGAAGCACACCGGACGCGGACCCGUGGGUGGGAGGAGGUCUACGAACAAAGAUUUAAACGAUCCGUGAUGUACGUACCGGUCGGUUUGCUUCCUCAUUCCUUGUGUGUAGAUAUUAGUUAGACGAAUGUUUCUAGAGGCACAAAACUUAUUCUCCUUUCCGUUGGUGCACACGCACCGGUGUGGACACCAUUUAUUAAACACCAACACACACACAUAGCUUGACGGGUGAUUGGAAUGGUAAAUGUAAAUAGGCUUUUCAAUGAAUGGUAAAAUAAAGAUGGAAUGUUAAAAUAGAAAAAUAA